UGAGGGGUUUGAGCGAACAUUGUGGAGAAAUCUGUCGUGCCGUGUUGUCUUCGUGUGCGUUCGGCACUUAGCAAGUGCAGAGAAACACAUAUAGUAGUUUCUAAAGACGUGCACAUUUUAGUUUUGAAAUAUCAUUUGAGAAUCUGGAGAGAUUUCAUAAAACUUUGAAGCGGUAAGCCGAGUCCUGCUUAUCCUGUAAGCUAUGAGACCAAUGGUCGGUCCUUGACCCGCCCAUCGGUUGUUUCUCUGAACAGGUUAAACGUGUUGUUUGUGUCAAGCUAAGCAUGAGUUGAUGGACAUCCAAGAAUAGCUUUCUAAUGAAGGGUACAGAAAGACUGAAUUACUUGAGGGGAGCUACCUGCAGUGCGUUAUCAACAGGCAGAGAGAUGAAUCUUCACGAGAAAAGCUGGUGUUUAUGUUCAAUAUUUUGUCUGGUUCACCUCUUUGUUUACGUCAAUGCUCAGAUGUCACAAGGAUCUACACUUGAUAUUACUCAACAGUCGUUUGCUAUUGAGCCUGCGGACAGAACGGCAAUUCAAGGUGACACUAUUGUUCUACCGUGUCGCGUGCUAAAUAAAAAAGGAACCUUACAGUGGACUAGAGACGGGUUUGGACUCGGUUCGGAGAGAUCGUUGGCUGGAUUUCCUCGAUAUACUAUGGUCGGCAGUGACGAGGAAGGGGAUUACUCACUUCAAAUUACUAAUGUCAGUCUAGAAGAUGACGCUGUAUUCCAAUGUCAGGUUGGAGCUUCUGAUAGAGUGAAAGGAAUUCGAUCGCGAAGUGCAGAUUUUACAGUUUAUGUACCUCCAGAACCACCUCGAAUUGUUCCGAACGACUUUCUAGAGACUACUGCUGGUAUGACAGUACAACUAACGUGCGAGUCCAAUGGUGGAAAGCCGCCAGCAGAGCUGGCCUGGUUAGAUGGAGACGGUGUCGUGGUCACUCAGGGUAUAGAAUUCACGACCCAACUUUUGGGUGACAACAAGAGAGCUAACGCUGCCCUCAAGUGGACAUUCAAAGCAAGUAGAAAACAUGAUGGGAAAACUUGUUCGUGUAGGUCUGAGAAUCCUGCAAUAAAACAACCAAUGGUGGCUACAAUAAAACUUACCGUUAAAUAUCCCCCAGAAGUUACUCUAACAGCAAACAGGAAGAAAAUCAUGGAGUUCGAUGAUGUUCAAUUCACUUGUGACGCAGUUGCGAAUCCUGGGGACGUAACAUACAAGUGGUAUAGGAAUAACCAGUUAGUCCAGCAGGACCAUGCCACUACUUUUAGGAUUCCCAAAGUCACAAGACAACUCAACAGACAGACAGUUAGUUGCGAAGUCGGCAAUAAAAUCGGGACAACGAAAUCCACUUAUACUUUGAACAUUCAUUAUGGUCCGGUAUUUAAGUCAUCUUUAGAAAACAUAGCCGCAGAUUUAAAUAAGGAAGUGCGAUUGGUCUGUCCUGUUGAUAGUAAUCCUCCUCCUAAAAUAACCUGGACAUUCGAAAAGAGCACUCACGUCGUCGGGACCGAUAUAGUGCUGGUGAUCCCACAAGUGCGACCAGACAGAACAGGAAAAUACACUUGUACAGCAUCAGUACCAGGACUUCCUGAACUGUCUUCCGACUCGUUCGUCUACAUCAAAGGUCCUCCCGUCAUAAAAGGACCUGAUGUUCAGUACGGUAUUGAGGGGCAAAAGGUGAAGGUGGAAUGUUUAAUCACAUCAGUGCCCGAACCUUCCCGAGUAGUGUGGAUGAAACGGUCACAGGUGGUUGAUAUUGACAACACGGAAGGCUACGAGAUCGUGACAGAGCACUUACCGAACGGUCUCAAGAACUUGCUAAUCAUCCACAGAGCAGAGGAGACUGACUUCGGGGACUAUAAUUGCUCCGCUUGGAACGCUUUAGGCCACGACAGCAUGUUGAUAUCUGUCAGAAGACAAACAUGUAAUGAUGUUAGUGGCAGCGUGCCGUCCCUACUUUGUUCUGUGACAGAAAAUCUGCCUAUGUUGAUAAUCUUGGCUGGCGUGAUUGGAGGAAUAGUUCUUAUAGUGUCUGUAACCAUAGUGAUAAUUCUUUGUCUUCGCAGAAAACCUGACAUGAAAGGAGAUAAUUUUGUAUCAGAAAGUAAAGCAAAACAGUCUGAUUCAGCAUCAUCUGGUGAUUCAGAUCUGAAGGUGGAAAUAAGAACUGCUUCAUCAUUGUCAAAUAAUGAACAUGAAAGAAGUUGGGAGGAAACUAGUGACACAACACGUGUGCAGGACCACCCUGAUAUUUACAAAUAUACAAUGGACUACGCUGAGCCCAAGUUCCCGCCUAAGCUGGAGACUCAGAAUAACAAUGGGUACGUCCCGUAUGUGGACUACUCUACAGAUUACAAUCCUUCUGCAGUACGCCUGAACUCUAGCAGAGACAGUGGUCUCUACGACAGCUCCCCGCAGCUUCUUAGUGAGUUGGGCCAUCCGUUGGACCCUAACUUCCGAACAGCUUAUGCUAACCCUUACAUGAGGACAUCACAGGCCAAUCUUCCUCCAGACCAUGUUCUUUACGGCAGUACCAGAGGAAGCAGUCCAACACCUCAGGUGCUGCCCUCCUUGCCUCCUAAUCAUUACAUUACCAGUCAACAACUACCAAGCCAGCUGAAACCUGGAACUUUAGCAACUCAUGUCUGACAGUGGGAAGAAAGCGAGCUGUGACUAUCAUUGCUCAUUCCUGUGUCAAUUUACACUCAGUGUUGCCGAUGAAGUGGGCUUCCCUUCUGAUAACACAAUAAUUUCUGUGGAGAAAACGGCCCUUUGUUAUAUGCCCUUGUGUAUGAAUCUGCGGUGAAAAUAAAACCAAAUUAGAAACAAUGCGAUAGAGGCUACUUGAAGACAGACAAUCGUCACUGUUGCCUGUGAUAAUGAACUGUGGAGAUAUGAAAUCUAAGGGAUUUUAACAGUUACAGUGAAACCAGUGAUCUCAUGACGACACGGAUGUCCCCUUUCCUUCUAAGAUACGUUGCUGUGUGUAAAGCUGUGUUGAACCCAACAUUUUGUGCAUUUUUUGAUCUGCUGCCUUCAUUUUGUGGUGCUUUAACCAAACUUUCGCUUUGUAAUAAAUGUACCAUGAACCUUAUAGCGUGGAUCAGGGAACUUAAAGUUCUAAUAAUGUCAUAAUAAUAAAUCAUUAGUAAUACUGUCAUAUCUCACCCAUAGAAUAACACAACUAGAUAAUAUAUUAAAAAUACUUUACUCUGUUGGAGGUUUAUUAACCUCAUCAUUUCAACUUCUUUAUACUUAGAACCGAUCUGUACAUCAUCUGUGCCUCUUAGUUGGUGUCGGUUGAUGUAGUAGUACUGUGUAAUGUCAAAUGAAGUGAGAUUUCUUCAGCUGAAAUAUAUAUAGAACUUCAGACAAUUACAAAGGACAUUGUGAGCUAAUCAACUAAAAUAUUGAAAAUUUGGCGUACAGAAAUUUGCUGUAUAUAAUGUAAAGGAUUUAAUCAUGUACAAAUUGCGCUGCUAUGCGAAUAUUUAGGAGGCAUGUUGUUUCAUAAACAAUUGUUAUAUUACAGAAUUUGUAGUCAAACUACUGGGGUUGAAAUUCAGAAAAGCUCAAACUAUCUGUUAUCCAGAUCUUUCAAAAUCGCAUGGCCUGUUAUUUUGUUUCCAGAGUUACUACCACAAGCAUGAUAAGGACGUUUGAAAAAAGGGUAUUUGUAUGUACUGUCUUCGUAUUCAUAUGUAAUUUGUAUUACACCGUUGUGUAUGUUAUGUGUGAUUAUAAGUAUUGUUGUGUAACCACAUUUAAUUGUGUAAUUCUCUCUUCAUGCGUGAUUAGACUUUCAGCCUGAAACGUCAUGCUUAGUAAACAGCUACUUACGAGUGAUUUGCAGUCUUUGGUAUCAUUUUGAUGUUAUAAGAAUUCACUUUGCUUAUUUACCGUGUUCACCACGACAUUGGAAACUUCGUAAUUAUACCAUGAAUCUGUUUUAAAUUAUUGAUACUCAACUAUAAGCAGUAUAGGAGAAUAUUAUAACGUUGUUACUAAGCUUUGGUAAGCGUUACUGUGCAUGUAUCUUUUUUUUUUCGGCAAUCUGGUUGACGCGCACAACGAGAUUACGUGUGACCAAUGACGACAUGUCAAAUAAAAUUAACUUGUCAUAAGUCUUUUUGACUGUUAUUUAUAGGCUAUUAAGAGAAGUAUAAAGCGUUUUCCAUAUCACUCAGUUACGUAGUAAUCUGUACUUGGACGAAAUAGUUAGUCCUAACAGCAUAUCUAGUCAACAGCGCCACAUGAUUCCAGAUAACGUCAGAAAUGCCACAUGAUGCAAGAAGAGUAAAAAACGCCACUAAAUGCUAGAAGUUACCGUGUAUGUGUUAUUAAUGAAUAAGGUAUCUGAAUGAAUCCACAAGCUAUUUGUUUCUAAGAGCUUUUUUUUAUAUUUUAGUUGAUGUAAUUUAUGGAAGAUUAAAUACAAUGCUUUUCAUUCAUUUACUCACUUUAUUUUGAAAUGUAAAAGUUAUAUAUUUUUAUUGUCAAUGUUAAAUGACAAUAAA